CCCUGUAGUUGUGACACCAUUCCAGACUUUGCGGACUAGUUGUCUGCCUUACGCUUCUUGUGGCUUUCAAAUUAUUUUUGUACCUUCCAAAAAACUUCUUAUGGGACACAGAAGAAAGGAAAAUACAUGAAUAAGGAUUUUCAAUGCAGUUUCCUCCUCACGGACCGAAGGGGGAGGGGGGUGAGUUCCAUGGAAGUUUGUUCCAUUUCCCUCGUUCUUUGUCGUUGUUUCCCGAACAUGUCUUUGAAAAUGUCAGAAAAACUCGUGUGGGGUUCACACACAUAAACCUGGUUCUUAGUCUUGGAUCUGGAGACACAAAAUCGUGUUUGUCAGAGUUGAAGUUGGAUUUGUUUGUGCGGUGUGAAUGUAAAUAUGACAAGGCAAGACUCAAAGAUGAUCCUCAGCUUUACUUGCCUACAGAAGAGAAAAGUAGGGAGUCCAAAUAUGAGGUGGAACAAGGCUCUGGGAAAUUAUUGAAGCCAGAACUGCUGAAGUCCUAUUCCCUGAGAGAAAUCCUGACACACUGUCAUUGUCACAACUUUCUACUCUACUCUGAAGAAACCAGGACCUGGAGAGCACCUCACUUCUCUGAGUUCUUCAGGACCAGAAAGUCUUCAACCUGCUGAAGUCUGUGGCCAGAGAAGUGCAACUCUGACAACAGCAGCUGGUUUCAUCUUGUAAAUUGGGCAAAACAAGACCCAGAUGGACUGUACAACUUCUGUGGGUUCUUCAACACCAAGAAGUAUUUGAGUGAGGAAGUCUAAAGCCAAGUGUACAGAAUACG